AUGAGUAGCGACACUUCUGAUAAGAACGCCUCGGAUAAUGAGUCCAGCCAGUCGCUACAAGGCCAAGAAAUAGCCAAGAAAUAUACACCUCAUCCGCUACCUCCAGUGCCGGAGGGAAUGUCAAAAUCUCAGUGGAAGAAAGUGUGGAGAAGGAAAAGAUGGGAAGAAACCAAGGAAGAAUUCUCGCAGAAAAGACGAGAGAAGAAGGUACGAGCCAAAUUGAGCAGACGCGCUAAAAUUCAGGAAUACAAAGAUCGUGGUGAGGAAAUUCCGGAGGAACUGUGUCGCAAACCUCGCAAAAACACGACCCAGCUCGAUUCAGGUAUCAAAAUAGUCAUCGAUUGCGCUUUUGAUGACCUUAUGAAUGAAAAAGAGGUGAUAAGUCUCAGCAACCAGAUUACGCGUGCGUACAGCUUCAACAAGCGUGAGAACCACCACGCACACGUGACUGUUACCAGUUUCGACAAGCGACUCAAAGAGAGGUUCGAACGAGAUCUCAAGGACUCGCGGUUUUAUGAUUGGAAGAAUUUUGAGUUUACGGGCGAUUCACAGCUUCCAGUGGAAAACACUGUUUAUUUGACGGCAGAUACCGACGAAACUCUGGAAAGUUUGGAGCCUGGUACAACUUAUAUUGUUGGAGGCAUAGUCGACAAGAAUAGACACAAGCUGCUGUGUUAUAAUAAGGCCCGCGAACUCGGGAUCCCGACACGGAAACUGCCUUUGGCACAGUACAUAAAUUUGACGGGUCGAGAAGUGCUUACAUCAACGCACGUGAUCCAACUCAUGCUUCGGUAUUUUGACAACCGGGACUGGAAGGAAGCGUUCGAGGCCAUUCUUCCACCCCGAAAGCUGGAGGAGGUGGCCAAGAGCCUGGAAGUGGGGGUGGAAGACUCAGCAGCCGACGGUACGUCGAAAAGUACUAGUGAAAAUGCUUGUGACCUCGAAGAUAGCAUUGAUGCCACGUCCGCGAUCGAAGCUGUGGUCGACGUUCCUAAAAAGUGA